AAGGUGUCGCCCUCGGUACAAAAACACCCGAUGAUCUGUUUAUCUGCAAGAGUUUGAACGAGUCGACUGAACAAGGAAGCUUCAUUAAAAGACAUGGAUCCAGUGGGAGUGAAUUCAAUAGAGACUGCAGCUCUAGGAAGACCCUUCCAGCUGGGGAUGCUGUACGACUGCAGGAGAGAUGCUCUAGUACCAGGAAUCAGGCUUUGGACUAAAGAGCAGCUGCAGCAGAACAUAACCACUAAUACACAAAUUAAUACAGUUUUCACAGUCAGUGCUUCAGACUCAAUCGAGGACAAAUCUAAACUGCUGAACAUUGACGGCUGUCUGAAACUGAGUCUUAUAGGUGGGCUCCUCAAUGUGGCCGGAGCGGCCAAUUUUCUCAAAGACACCAAGAAAUCAUUCAAUCAACAGAGACUGACGUUACAUUAUCAUUCAACCACUAAGUUCGAGGAACUGAUCAUGAACCACGUUCCUUCUGGAGAAAUGGCUCAUUAUGACAAUGAUGUAGCCACGCAUGUAGUGACUGCAGUGCUGUAUGGAGCAGACGCCUGCUUUGUGUUUGAUAGAGAAGUUUCAUCAGAUGAAAACAAAAUGGAGAUAGCCGGAGAGGUUAAAGCUGCCCUGGAGCAGCUGAAAGGCAUUUCGUCUGCGGGCAUUGAUGCAAAUAUGAAACUGAAUCGCGAUAAAAAGACCGCUGUCCAAAAAUUCAACUGCACGUUUUACGGCGACUUCCAGCUAUCAUGUAAUCCCACCACUUUUGAAGAUGCUAUGAAGGUUUUUGAAGAGCUUCCCACACUGCUAGGAGAAAAUAAAGAACGCGCGGUGCCUCUGAGAGUUUGGCUUUAUCCUUUGGACAAACUUUUCUCAAGAGCUGUAAAGUUUCAGCAUGAAAUCAGCACAGCUCUAAGCGCAGACAUCGAAUCUGUAAUCGAGAGUUUAAGUACGGCUGAGAUGAAAUGCAGCGAUCUUCUGACAGACACGCCUGCUUUGACCUUUACCGCAUUUCACGACAAAAUCAACGACAUGAAGAAAAACUGCUACCAGUGCAGGCUGAGUCUCAUAAAGAAGCUCGGCUCUCUUUUACCAAAGAUCAGAGGAAAGUUUAUAGAGGAUUCAGCCUUGAUCGAUCUGCUAAAUGAUCACGAGGAAUCUCCGUUUGAAAGAAGCUCUCUCGAACAAUGGCUGAACGAGAAAGAGGAAGAAUCUGAAAUCAUGAAAGCGCUGCUCGCGCAACUAAAGGUUUCAGGAGCGAUGGUGGAAAUCAACCUCAAUAAAAAUUUAAUGGAUUUGGAAGUUCAACAUUUGGUCAGCUACACGUUCACAUCACUGGGCUGGCCAGACGUGCUGCUAUCUGAACAAAAGUCCUACCUGAGCUCCUCGGCAAAAGGAAAAAAUAAAGAGAAAAGCGCUGAAUCCAAACCCAAGACUUGGCUCGCGACUGAAAUCCAAAAGGCCAUGAGGAACAACUUGAGGGUGUUCAAAAGCUUGAUCGCAAAACUCGGCAAAUCAGCCACAUUUAUUGUUGCGUCAAAGGAAAUUGAAAAUAAUCCGGGUUCCUGUAUACUUCUGUUUGAAAAUGAAUCCAAUGAAGCCGUUUGCUUCACUCCUCCGUCGAAACCAGACUGUCCGACUGCUGAAGAUGUCAGAAGUAGGCAAGUGGUGUUCAAAGUGUCUCCAGCGUGUCCGGCUACAGAGGAGCUCAGAUUAAUGUAUAAAAUGAAGGAGGAGGCAGACUGGAGAUCUCAAACUGUGUCGAAGAACCAGAACACAGUGACUCUGACUGAUCUCAGACCAGAUACUGAAUACAGUAUUAAAUGCGCAGCGGUGGGAAAACUCAACUACACCGUAGAGAGUGAUGUGAUGCGCCUCACAGUCAUAAACCAGCAUCUCAUCAAAGCCAAAGAGUCUGCGAUUGAAAAUCUCAGUUGGACUGAAAGCAAGUGCAGUUUACUUUUGGCAAACACCAACGAAACGACCUUUACUGCACUUUAUAAGAAAAUACAAGAAAUGCAGCAAAGCUGUGAAACGUACAGACAAGAUUUCAGUGAGCGGAUUAAAUCUGCGAUCCAGUCGAUUAAAGCUUGUGAGAAAGAGUCUAGUGCUCUGAAGGAUCUUCUGCAAGCUCACGACGAGUCUCCAUUUAAUGAGAAGAGUCUAAAAGAGUGGAUCGCAGUGAAAGAAAAAGAAUCGAACACCGUUAAUGAGUUCCUUCAGCAGCUACAGGGUCUUGGAGCCGAGGUGAACGGAAGCUUAGACUCGUAUCUGUCAGAUAUUCAGGUGGAGAAUGUGUUUUGUUUCGCUUUCAGCUCUCUCGGGGAGCCGGAUGAGUUACUCGCUGAGCAAGAAAAUUACACGAAUGCUCAAACAACGAGAAACCCGAAGGAGACACCUGCUGUAGCAUCUCGAUCGUGGCUCACUGGAGGCGUCAGGGAGAAGAUGAGAGAAGAUCUGAAAGCAUUUAAAGAGCUGAUGACGGCACACGGCAAGCAAAGCACUAAAUUUAUGGUUUCCACGAAAGACCACCAAAAGCAUCCAGGUUCCUGUAUUCUUGUGUACGGAAAUGGAUGCAAUGAGGAGGUUUGCUUCAUUCCUCCAUCAAAACCAGAAAGUCCAGUCACUGAAGAUGUCCAAAGUAAGCAAGUAAUGCUAAAAGUGUCUCCAGGGUGUUCUGCUACAGAGGAGCUCAGAUUAAUGUAUAAAAUGAAGGAGGAGGCAGACUGGAGAUCUCAAACUGUGUGGAAGAACCAGAACACAGUGACUCUGACUGAUCUCAGACCAGAUACUGAAUACAGUAUUAAAUGCGCAGCGGUGGGAAAACUCAACUACACCGUAGAAUCCGAUGUCACUUCAGUUAUCACAAAGGCAAAUCGCCAACAAGACGCCAACAAGACGCCAACACUAUGUAAUAUGGCGAAGCCAAAAAUCCAGAGGCCCUGGUCGAAGGAAAAACAUUACGAGCUCAUCGAGAAAAGCACCAUAAUUGAAGAAAGAAAUCCUGCCCGAUACCGUCUAAAACUGAUUACACAUGAUUUGGACCCGUCUGAACCAUACAGAAAAAUGACCUUUGGUGAGAGAGACUUGAAGAAACCUCAUAAAACCAUUCUGAUGGUUGGAGAAACAGGAACAGGAAAAACAACCCUCAUCAAUGCUGUAGUCAACUACAUGUUGGGCGUAAAGAGAGAAGACAAGGUUUGGUUUGAGAUCACAGAUGAUGAAGAUCACAGCUCGACAGCCUUCAUCACUGUUUAUGGUGUUUAUGACCAAAAGAUUCCAGAAGAUUUAACAAUCAUUGACACGCCAGGAUAUGGAAAUGCCCACGGUAUCAACUCUGACAAAGAGCUUGCCGUGAACUUGCUUCGCUUGUUUCAAAACGAAAUAGAUGAAGUAGAUGCAGUGUGUUUAGUUAUUGACGCAUCUCAAACCCGACUCUCCGACAGACAAAUCUACAUAUUUGAUGCAGUGCAGUCUUUAUUUGGAAGAGAUGUUGCUGAAAACAUCGUCUUGCUCUUCACACACUCAACAGGAGCUCACCCUAAAAAUGCCCUGACGGCCGUAAAAGAGGCUAAAAUCAAGUGUGCGGUAAACGACAAGAAGGAGCCGGUGUAUUUCCUGUUUGACAACUGUCAGUCAACGCCCUUUGAUGAAAGAUAUGAAACCAUCCAGGAGCAAUCAUGGAAACUCAGUCACAAUGGAAUGAUGAGCUUUUUCAAGUUUCUAGAAAACAUAAAGCCGAAACAACUGAAGAUGACUCGAGAUGUUUUGAAGAAACGGAAGCAGCUGGAGGCGAAUGUCUCCAAUCUACAGCUGCGUAUUCAAGCGAUGGACCAAAAGCAAAAUGAGCUGAAACAAACUCAAGAAGCUCUGGAGAAGAACAGGAAAUAUGUAGAAGAUAAUAAUGACUUUGAGUAUGAAGCUGAAGUUUCAUAUAAAGAGAAGGUUCCUCUUAGUUUAGAAUUUUGGCACUUGACUAAAGAGGCGACCUGCUGCAGCGUCUGUGAGGAGAACUGUCAUUACCCAGGAUGCUGGUGGGUCAGAGAUCUCUCAUGGUGUAGCGUGAUGAGAAAGAAUCACUGUACAGUGUGCACUAAUAGAUGCCACUACAGCAAACACGUCAAAGAAGCCAAAAUAUACGUGGCAAAGACAAGGACAGAGAAGAGGACGUAUGAAGAUUUAAAGAAGGAAUAUGACGGUAAGAUUGGAGACUGUGUGUCUUUGGUGAAGAAACUGGAAGAAGAACUGCAUGAAUUAGAAAAAGAGAAAAUAAUGCUGUUAAGUGAAGCGUAUUACUCUGUGGAAACUCUGGAGACCAUCGCGCUCAACACUGACUCUCUGCUCACACUCCUGCACAUUGACUUUCUGAUUGUGAAGUUGAAGGAAAUCAACGAGCCUCAAAAGGCCGAAACACUGGAGAACAUCAAGAAGAGAGCGGGAGAAGAAAAUACCGGAGCACUGGGAUACAUAAAAUGUUUCAUAAAAAGAUUUUCGUCAAUGAAAUCACAGUAAUCAUCUUUUUUGUUUAAUACGAAUGAAACUGAAAUGUACAAACGUUACAAUAAUUACUAAGAUAUAUAAAAAGGCACUUUAUGCGAUAGUCCGCUUUAAACGUUCUAUAAGUCAACAUUCAAAUAAUUAUAUUGAAUGAGUAGAAGAUCAGGGACUGUCAGGUUUAAAAUGGAUUAAUUACAUGGCAUGCUGACUAUGAUUUUGUCCUAGCAUUUUGGAGAGAAUAAAUUUAUUUAAUAGAAAUACUUUAGUUUGUACGUUUUUUGUGAUAACGUCAAUACAGUGUGUAACCCCUGGUGCUAUUGGUGCACUUUAGUUACUAUUUGAAGAACACUGUAAUGGACCAGUCAAUGUACUAGGUUCGCUACAGGAGGGCAAGAAUCAGUUAAAGCACAUUAAUAAAUAGGCAGACCAGGAGAAUGACUUUAAAGUGUCUUUUAGUUGAGUUUAAUUAAAUGAAAAAUAUGAAAUGAAAUGACAAUAAGGAAGACAAUAGAAAUACACAUCUAAAGAAAUGAUCUCUUUCCUCUUUCUUUGUAUUAGACAUUAAAUUUGAGCUCCUUUGUAGUUAUUUGACGAGUAGUUUUACUGUGCUGUGCUUUUAUUGCACCUGUCUUUAAUUAACCAAUUGUUUAUAAUUAACUUCUAUUUUGAAUUUAUUUUUAGUUUACCUCAAUCUUAUUGAUUUAGAUAUAGUUUUUAACCUUUCCUAGCUUCUGUGGCGCUUUGCUUGUAUUGAUAUUGGUUUGAAUUAGGAUCUCUGACCCAAAACAACAAAAACAAUUACAAUAGAUCACUCAAGGAAAAUAACAAAUAGAGAUUCAGUAUAUGGAAAGUUCUCAGUCCAUAAACUAUGUAACCGUGGGAAAGGAACAAAAAUAAAAUGUAACUGUCCUUAGAAACCAAA